GGCGAUUGGCUCGUUGGGCGAGGUGACGUCAUCACGUGGCCCUCCCAGCCAACAUGGCUGACAUCAUCCCGUUAACGUCGAUGCGGAAGGGCUCGACGAGAAGCCCUCACUACCGCGCCAGCGUACUGUCAAGAUUCUCCCUGGACGAUGAGCCCUCCAACCUGGACGAGAUGCCUCUAAUGAUGUCCGAGGAAGGCUUUGAGAACGACGAGAGCGACUACCAGACGCUGCCGCGGGCCAGAGCCGGCCACCGCCGCAGCAGAGGCAUCGGGUGGUUCCUCCUGGGGGGAUGGAGAGUGUUGUGCUGCAGCUGCUGCGAGUUGCUCGCCCGCAUGUGCCGGCGGAAGAAGGAGCUGAAGGCCCGCACCGUCUGGCUGGGCCGCCCGGAGAAAUGCGAAGAGAAGUUCCCCAAGAACUCCAUCCACAACCAGAAGUACAACGUCCUCACCUUUGUGCCAGGGGUUCUCUACCAGCAGUUCAAGUUCUUCCUCAAUCUCUACUUCCUGGUGGUGUCCUGCUCACAGUUUGUGCCGUCGCUGAAGAUCGGAUACUUGUACACCUACUGGGCGCCGCUGGGCUUCGUGCUGGCCGUCACCAUGGUGCGCGAGGCCGUGGACGAGGUGCGGCGCCACCGGCGGGACAAAGAAAUGAACUCGCAGCUCUACAGCAAGCUGACGCUGCGCGGUAAAAUCCAGGUGAAGAGCUCGGACAUACAAGUUGGAGACCUGAUCAUCGUGGAGAAGAACCAAAGGAUUCCCGCAGACAUGAUAUUCAUGAGGACGUCUGAGAAAAACGGAGCGUGCUUCAUCAGGACCGACCAGCUGGACGGAGAAACGGACUGGAAGCUGAAAGUGGCUGUCGGCUGCACGCAGAGGCUUCCAGCAGUCGGGGACCUCUUCUCCAUCAGUGCCUACGUCUACGCCCAGGAACCCCAGCUGGACAUCCACAGUUUCGAGGGGAACUUCACACGGGAAGACGCCGAACCCCAAGUCCAGGAGAGUCUGAGCAUCGAAAACACUCUGUGGGCCAGCACGGUGGUCGCCUCUGGCACCGUGAUUGGCGUGGUGAUCUACACGGGCAAAGAAACCAGGAGUGUACUCAACACGUCUUAUGCCAAGAACAAGGUGGGCAUGUUGGACCUGGAGCUGAACCGACUCACCAAGGCCCUGUUCUUGGCCCAGGUGGUUUUGUCCAUUGUCAUGGAAGUACUGCACGGGUUUGUGGGCCCGUGGUUCCGCAACCUCUUCCGAUUUGUGGUGCUCUUCUCGUACAUCAUACCCAUCAGCUUGCGCGUGAACCUGGACAUGGGGAAGGCGGCCUACGGUUGGAUGAUCAUGAAGGACGAAAACAUUCCCGGCACCGUGGUGAGGACCAGCACCAUACCGGAAGAACUGGGCCGACUGGUCUACCUGCUGACGGACAAAACAGGCACUUUGACGCAAAAUGAAAUGAUCUUUAAGCGGCUGCACCUCGGAACCGUGUCCUACGGUACGGACACUAUGGAUGAGAUCCAGAGCCACAUAGUCCGAUCCUACGCCCAGGGGACCUCGUCCGGCGCCACGCCGUCCCGGAAGUCCCAGACGCCGGGCCCGAAAGUCCGCAAGAGCGUCAGCAGCCGCAUCAACGAGGCGGUGAAGGCAAUCGCCCUGUGCCACAACGUCACGCCCGUCUACGAGACCAGCGGCGACACCGAGUUCGCCGAGGCCGACCAGGACUUCAGCGAUGACAACCGCACCUACCAGGCCUCCAGCCCCGAUGAGGUGGCGCUGGUGCGUUGGACGGAGAGCGUCGGCCUGACGCUGGUGAACCGAGACCUGACCUCCCUGCAGCUGAAGACUCCCUCCGGACAGAUCCUGUCCUUCUACAUCCUGCAGAUCUUCCCCUUCACCUCCGAGAGCAAACGCAUGGGCAUCAUCGUCCGGGAGGAGUCGACGGGAGACGUCACUUUCUACAUGAAGGGCGCCGACGUCGCCAUGGCGAGCAUCGUCCAGUACAACGAUUGGCUGGAAGAGGAGUGUGGCAACAUGGCCAGAGAAGGUCUGAGAACGUUGGUGGUGGCCAAGAAGUCUCUGUCUGAGGAGCAAUACCAGGACUUCGAGAACCGCUACAACCAGGCCAAGCUGAGCAUCCACGACCGAGCCCUGAAGGUGGCGGCGGUGGUGGAGAGCCUGGAGAGGGAGCUGGAGCUCCUGUGUCUCACGGGUGUGGAGGACCAGCUCCAGGCAGACGUCAGGCCCACGCUGGAGCUGCUCAGGAACGCCGGCAUCAAGAUCUGGAUGUUGACCGGGGAUAAGCUUGAAACGGCAACGUGCAUCGCCAAAAGCUCACAUUUGGUCUCCAGGCACCAAGACAUCCAUGUUUUCCCACCAGUGACUAGCAGAGGAGAGGCCCACCUGGAGCUCAACGCCUUCAGGAGGAAGCACGACUGCGCGCUGGUCAUCUCCGGAGACUCCCUGGAGGUGUGCUUGCGCUACUACGAGCACGAGUUCGUGGAGCUGGCGUGCCAGUGUCCGGCCGUGGUGUGCUGCCGCUGCUCGCCCACCCAGAAGGCCCAGAUCGUCACGCUUCUCCAGCAGCACACUGCCAACAGGACCUGUGCCAUAGGGGACGGCGGGAACGACGUGAGCAUGAUCCAGGCUGCAGAUUGUGGUAUCGGAAUAGAAGGAAAGGAAGGCAAGCAGGCGUCGCUGGCCGCCGACUUCUCCAUCACGCAGUUCAAGCACAUCGGGCGACUCCUCAUGGUGCACGGCAGGAACAGCUACAAGCGCUCGGCGGCCCUGGGCCAGUUCGUCAUGCACCGUGGGAUGAUCAUCUCCGCCAUGCAGGCGGUCUUCUCCUCCAUUUUCUACUUUGCCUCCGUCCCCUUGUACCAGGGGUUCCUCAUGGUCGGCUACGCCACCAUCUACACCAUGUUCCCCGUCUUCUCCUUGGUCCUGGACCAGGAUGUCAAGCCUGAGAUGGCGCUUCUCUACCCAGAACUGUACAAGGACCUCACCAAGGGACGUUCGCUGUCCUUCAAGACCUUCCUGGUUUGGGUUUUGGUCAGCGUCUAUCAAGGGGGCAUCCUCAUGUACGGCGCGCUGGUCCUCUUCGAGUCUGAGUUCGUGCACGUGGUGGCCAUCUCCUUCACGGCGCUCAUCCUCACCGAGCUGCUGAUGGUGGCGCUGACGGUGCGCACCUGGCACUGGCUCAUGGUGCUGGCCCAGUUCCUCAGCCUGGGAUGCUACCUGGCCUCGCUCGCCUUCCUCAACGAGUACUUUGGUGUCGUGCAUCACGCUGGUCAGCUGCCUGCCGCUCUACAUCCUCAAGUACCUAAAGCGCAAGUUCUCCCCGUCCAGCUACUCCAAACUGGCCUCCUGAGACAAACACACCUUUUUUUGUUUGAUUUUCCAAAAACAAAAAACAAACUUUCCAGCCCUCCUGCUCGCUGCUGCCCCCCAGUGAGGAAGGCGUGUCAGUGCAUGGAGUGUUUUUUUUCUCCAGGAUUCCCCUGCCCGGUCCUCCACGGACCCGCACUGCAAAUACUUCCCCGGUCCGUCGGCUCCGUUCAGGCGGGGGCAGCUGCGUCACGGCUGUGCGCAGGAGGGCGGGGCCGCGGAGGGGAGGUGAUCCCCGGCUUUAAAAGCAGCGAGAGCCGGAGCCGCACGUCACACGCACGGAGACCCCAGCGGAACCGGGAGGAUCCCCCACCCCCGGUACGCACCCCUCCCCCUCGCCUUCUGGAUCCCCCCCGGAGGAACUUUGAGUCGGGAGUACAAAUUAGUGCGUUAAGGACCGAGGAGCGGAGCGGCUGGCGACACUUUGAAGCCCAGAAGGAGAUGAUGAAAUCUGCAGAGGAGGAUGCGUAUGGCUACACCCCCAAUGUCAGCCUUUCCCUGCCCCUGGGCAACCCUUGCCUGGCCCCCCAGUACCUGAGCCUCCAGUCCAGCCCCAUCAUCUCGGUCUCGGAGCCUCACGACUUCGAGGGCCACGACGACAUGAGCGUGGCCGCCGCCUACUACUCCUCUGGCGCCCGUCCGAACGGCGCCCCAACCCUGGAGAGUCCUCGCAUCGAGAUCACGGCCUACGGCCAGUUCCCCGAGGACCGGGUGGAGGAGGACAGAAGUCCCAUCACCAAGCGGGUCAACUCCAUCGUGACGCUGACCCUCCCUAGCGCCGACGGCUACCGGGACCCCAGCUGCUUGAGUCCGGCCAGCAGUGUCUCGUCUCGCAGCUGCCACUCGGAGGCGUCGUCGUACGAGUCGGGCUUCUCGUACAACUGCGACAACUCGCCACAGAACUCCCCCUGGCAGUCCCCCUCGGUGUCCCCCAAGGGCUCCACCCUGGCCCUGCCGGGUGACAGCUACGGUCCCGCCGGCUCGCCGCGACUCUCCCCUUCGACGUCUCCUCGCACCAGUCUGACGGACGACGCCUUCAUCGGCCGAGGAGGCUCCAGGCCCAACUCCCCUUGUGGUGCGAAGAGGAAGUACAGCUUCAACAAGCACUACCAGCUGUCCCCCAACGCCUCCCCGGGGGUGUCCCCGCAGGCCUCGCCCCGGCUCAGCGUCACAGAGGAGUCGUGGCUGCCAAACACCAACCAGUACACCAAUUCGGCCAUUUUGGCGGCCAUCAAUGCCCUGAGCACGGACGGAGGGCCCGACCUGGGGGAGGGGAUACCCGUGAAGGCCCGCAGGACCAGCCUGGACCACAGCCCCACCGUCAGCCUCAAGCUGGAAUCUCACUGCCUCGCUGCCGACGAUCACCGCCUGAAGAAGGAGGUCUACUGCGCGGGGUUCCUGGAUGUCCCCCAGCACCAGUACCCCUGGUCCAAGCCCAAGCAGUAUGUCAGCCCGUCCGUGCCGGCCCUCGACUGGCAGCUGCCGUCCAGCUCGGGACCCUACAGCCUGAAGAUCGAGGUGCAGCCCAAGUCCCACCACCGAGCCCACUACGAGACCGAGGGCAGCCGGGGGGCGGUGAAGGCUCUGGCGGGAGGACACCCCGUCGUCCAGCUGCACGGCUACAUGGACAACGAGCCGCUGACGCUGCAGCUCUUCAUCGGCACGGCGGACGACCGCCUGCUGAGACCACACGCCUUCUACCAGGUGCACCGCAUCACCGGCAAGACCGUGUCCACACCCAGCAUGGAGGCGCUGCACAACAACACCAAAGUGCUGGAGAUACCACUUCUGCCUGAGAACAACAUGCGCGCCAUAAUCGACUGCGCCGGCAUCCUGAAGCUGCGCAACUCCGACAUCGAGCUUCGGAAGGGCGAGACGGACAUCGGGCGCAAGAACACGCGCGUGAGGAUGGUGUUCCGGGUGCACGUCAACCAGGCGGGCGGGAGAAGCGUGUCGCUGCAGGCCGCGUCCAACCCCAUCGAGUGCUCCCAGAGGUCGGCGCAGGAGCUGCCGCUGGUGGACAAGCAGAGUUUGGACGCGGGCCCAGCCCUAGGGGGGGAGCGCCUGCUGCUGGACGGACACAACUUCCAGGCCGACUCCAAGGUGGUGUUUGUGGAGAAGGCUCAAGACGGACAUCACUUGUGGGAGACCGAGGCCAAAGUGGACCGAGACGCCUCCAAGCAUAACGUUCUGCUGGUGGAGACCCCGCCCUACAGGAACCAGCGACUGUCCUCGCCCGUCCACGUCAACUUUUACGUCUGCAACGGCAAGAGGAAACGAAGUCAAUGCCAGCGCUUCACCUACGUGCCUUCGAGCGUUCCGACCAUCAAAACGGAGCCGCGGGAUGACUACGACGGCCCCCUGGUGGGCGCCCCGCACGGGACCGGCCUCAAUCCGCAGCUGUGCUUCCCCACCGCCGAGCUGAGGCCUGGCGUGGUGGGCGGGGCUUACAGUCAGCAGAGAUCGCCGACCGACGCCUCCCCGAGCGGCAGCCCCAAACUACACGACCUGUCGCCCUCGGCGCCGCCCUUCCCGAUGCCCCACGUGUCCAUCAUCCGGGAGACCCCCGGUCGACUCCAGCCGCCCGCCGUCUACCCGCCCGCCGUCUCCACGCCGGCUCCCGGACCGGAGACGCCCUUCUCCCCGACUCCCUGCACCACCCCCGGCGGGAGCCCAGGCGCUCCUGGACAGGGCGAGGAGCCGGAGAAGGAUGACGGCGGCCCCCCAGCGCUCGGAGUCAGCAUCAAACAGGAACCCCAGGACCUGGACCAGAUGUACCUCGAUGAUGUCAACGAGAUCAUCAGAAACGACCUGUCCAGCAUCUCGGUCCACAGCCACGCGUAGCCGGGACGCGGCGUGGACCAACCACGUGCCUUCGGGUGUUGUUGAUGUUUUGGACCUUUUCCGCGUAGCGAGCAUUGUUUUGUCCCUACGCUGCACUUUAGAAAUGAUGUAUGCAAAGCAAUAUAUAACGAGCUAGUUUACAACCAAAAACGUUCCUACGACCCUUGAUCAGGACUCAAACGUGUUUUUGUUCAAAGCCCUCCUUUUUACGCUUUCAUGCACUUACUGUACAGUUUUGAAGAAAUAUAUAUUUUUAUGCAUCUUUGACGGCGUGAACAAAUCAUCUCAAAUGUAGUCCAGUCUGCUUGAUGCUGACCCAGAGUAUUUGGUAGUACUUCCUUGUGUGUAUUUAUUCUGCUUGCAUGUGCUCUGUGUACCCGUGUGUAUCGUGCCGCCUAGUAUUUCCACUCCUUACUCGUAUUUAUGAGUCUUCAUGCUUUGCCGAUGGAGAAGCGCUGACUUGUUGAUAUAAUCUGCAGCCAAUUAUUCUUGCUCUCGCUAUACAAAACUGGUUCUUGGGGAGUAUUUUUAUAUUGCACUUGAUCAUUUGAUAA